CCUUGUAUUUUCUUGCACAAGCGAAAAGAACUCUGCAAACUUCGUGAGAAACUGGAGCAACAUAAAAAUGGUCUCAUGGAAACCAUAGCAAACCGGAAGAAGUUCCUCUCAAGUCUCCCAUCACACUUGAAAUCUUUGAAGAAAGCUUCCUUGCCUGUGCAGCAGCAGCUCGGAAUUAUGCACACGAAGAAAUUGAAGCAGCAAACUGCAGCAGAGUUGCUUCCACCACCACUCUAUAUAGUUUACUCACAGUUAUUGGCUCAGAAAGAAGCAUUUGGGGAGAGAAUAGAAUUGGAGGUUGUUGGAAGUAUAAAGGAUGCUCAAACUUUUGCCCAGCAGCAAGCAAAUAAAGACAUUGGUACCAUGAACAAUACAGAAACCAGCAGGUUGGAAGAUGAUGCACCUGAUGAUGAUGAAGAUGGGCAGAGGAGAAGAAAAAGGCCCAAGAAGAGCGUGGUUAAGGAGAAUGCUGAUCGAUCAGGAACUUACCAAUUACAUCCGCUUAAAGUCAUUCUCUUUAUAUAUGAUGAUGAGGAUACUGAGGCUAAACCUUCAAAGCUAAUCACCCUAAGGUUUGAAUAUUUGGUAAAAUUAAAUGUUAUAUGUGUUGCAAUUGAAGAUACAGAGGAAGGACCUGACAAUAAUAUCUUGUGCAACCUAUUCCCUGGCGACACUGGCAUGGAGCUACCUCAUCAGGUAUACAUCUUUGGUAUUUCUUAUGGACACAGGGACUCGAUGUUUAGUGGGAAAGAAUUGUAUCAUCUAAAAGUUAAACUAACUACUUGCAUAUUUGCGUUAAGUAUGUGUGGCCAAGGAAGCUGUGCUGUGAGAAUGUAUCAAACUUUUCUGCCAAAUUUUGUUCACAUCAAACAAUUAGGAGGUCCAGGGAGAGGCCAAAAUGUUCUCCUCAGCAUCAUAUAUGCUACACAAGAAUUAGAGGAAAGCGAUUUCACUGGAAGGAGGUUAGGUGCAGGAGCCUAGUGGGUUCAGAUGGUGAUAGCAUGUUGGAAAACUGAGACACGUGAAUGAGCCUGCAGCUCACAAUUUAGUUAGAUUGUAAAGUAUGAUGCUAUCAAGCAAAAUGAGGAACUACUUGUCAAGUCAUGAGAAGUUGCAUGUAUUGACCUACUAUACUGAUAUUAUUCGUUCCUUUCUCCUUUGUAUCUUCGACCAUUCUAGGUUCAUAUUUUCUUUCUCUUAUUCCUGUUUGCGUCAAAAGUUGGUUUUGUUAUG